UUUUUUUUUUUUUGAAUGUUCUCCAACAUGGUGUCCAAGCUGACGUCCCUGCAGCAGGAGCUCCUGAGCGCCCUGCUGGACUCCGGACUGACCAGGGAGGUUCUGAUCCAGGCGCUGGACGACAUGGACCCGGACGCGGCCGCGCAGGGCUUCGGCGUCAAGCUGGAGAGGCCGCAGCCGCCGUCGCCGCCGCCGCCGCGUCGGGACGGCGACGGCAAGCCCGCCGCCAAGCUGUCCGGCGACGAGGGCUCGGAGGACGGCGACGACUACGACACGCCGCCCAUCCUCAAGGAGCUGCAGUCGCUCGACACCGAGGAGGCCGCCGAGCAGCGCGCCGAAGUCGAGCGCAUGCUGGCGGAGGAUCCGUGGCGCGCGGCGCGUAUGAUCAAAGGCUACAUGCAGCAGCACAACAUCCCGCAGCGGGAGGUGGUGGACGUCACGGGCCUGAACCAGUCGCACUUGUCGCAGCACCUGAACAAGGGCACGCCCAUGAAGACCCAGAAGCGCGCCGCCCUCUACACCUGGUACGUGCGCAAGCAGCGGGAGAUCCUCAGACAGUUCAACCAGGCGGUGCAAGGUUCUGGCGGCAAUUUGUCCGACAAAGCCAAUCAGGAUCAGGUGUUUUUUUUCCCAGAGUUCAACCCGUCAGCUCAGCUCGGCGGCGGCGGGGGCGGCGGCGGCGGCGACGAGGUCGGCGGCGAGCCCUCCUCCAAGAAAAUGCGGCGGAACCGUUUCAAGUGGGGGCCCGCCUCGCAGCAGAUCCUCUACCAGGCCUACGAGAGGCAGAAGAACCCCAGCAAGGAGGAGAGGGAGGCGCUGGUCGAGGAAUGCAACAGAGCCGAGUGCCUCCAGAGGGGCGUGUCGCCGUCCAAAGCGCAGGGCCUGGGCUCCAACCUGGUGACGGAGGUGCGCGUGUACAACUGGUUCGCCAACCGACGCAAGGAGGAGGCGUUCAGGCAGAAGUUGGCCAUGGACGCCUACAGCACGCCGCCCACGCACGGCAUCAACCCGCUGCUCUCGCACGGCUCGCCGCACCAUCCGCAGACCAGCGCUUCACCCCCAAUGCGCUACAGCCAAGGCCCCGGCGAGGUGACGUCGUCCACUAGCAUUAGCCACCACGCUAGCAGCGGCAUGGCCACCAGCCAGUCGGUGCUCCAGCAGGUGUCUCCGGGGGGACUGGACCCGAGCCACAGUUUGCUGUCACCCGAUACCAAGAUGAUCUCGGGUUCUGGCGGCGGCCUGCCUCCGGUCAGCACGCUGACCAACAUCCACAGCUCGCAUCACAGCCACCAGCAGACGCAAAACCUCAUCAUGCCGCUCUCGGGCGUCAUGGCCAUCGCGCAAAGUCUGAACACGUCGCAGUCUCAGUCGGUGCCGGUGAUCAACAGCGUGGCCGGCGGCCUGGCGACGCUGCAGCCCGUCCAGUUCUCGCAGCAGCUCCACAGUCCUCACCAGCCGCAGAGCCUCAUGCAGCAGUCGCCCGGCGGCCACAUGAGCCAGCAGCCCUUCAUGGCCGCCGUCACGCACUCGCACAUGUACCCUCACAAGCAGGAGCCGCCGCAAUAUUCGCACCCGUCGCGCUUCCCGUCGGCCAUGGUGGUGACGGACGCCAACGGCAUCGGUACGCUCGGCUCCAUGUCGGCCAGCAAGACGGAGGCUCCGGUAAACAAGAUGGUGCAACUCGGAGGUCUCUCCUGGUGUCCUCUUCAAGCGUGGUGAGAGCGUGCGCCCCUGACCUCCUCGCUGCCCGGCAACCCCAGUGCAUUUUUUCCCUAACCUGCCGGCUUGCCCGUCACCGUGGCGACCGAUGACGAGUCGCGGCGGUGGGUGGGUGGGGGGGGGGGGAUAGCGUGGGAGCAAACAAGAGGGGCGACGACCACGCGGCAGCCACGUCGGAACGGACCGGAGCGCCUGCCGGACGAGGACCGGGGGCCUCCGUCGAGCGCCGUCACAUGAUCAAGCGGGGACGUACGAUUGGUUAUCGCGGCUUUGACCUUUUCACCAUGACGUCACGCACGUACUUCCGGGUGGCACAAGACGAACGUUUUAACAACGGAACGCAUCCUUCUAUGUCAUUCGACCGGGGAGAAAACGGGAAGUAACAACGAGGCGCUCUAAAGGAGUCACGCCAGCAAACUACCUGAAGGGAACAAAUGGUGUAUUUGCAGGGUGCAGGCAAGGCUAGCUAACGAAACGCACGGCACAAUUGCGCUGGAGAAGCGCACAUGGAAUACUGAAGAUAUCAAAUCUCAAAAUUGCAAAUUGUCUUCACUUGUAAUAAUGUUGAGAUAUUGCAAGCCCCUUUUUUGUUACCGAUCCCCCUUUUAAAAGUAAUGUUGUAAUGGUUGAAAAAAACCAUGUUUUUAUACGGUUCUGAUUUCAAAACGAGUUAUCCAUCAAUUUGUUGUGUAGAUUUAUAAUUAUAUGAGGUGAUAAUUCAAUGAUAAAGGUUCCACAGUCAUAACGGCGAGCAUAAAAAAAAAAUAAAAAUAAAUCCCCAAAUCUAGCGGCGCAACCCCAAACACGGUUUCAGUUUAGGCCAGCGGUAGUCACUCGCGUUCUGCCACCCGAAAGUACCCUGGUGACCUUUGUUUACAAACAUAACAAAAAAGGGCUUUUCACUUGCCGAGCCCGCUUUUUGACCUGAAGUGACCACACCAGGAAAACCAAUCACGCCUUUUGGACUGCGCGACAAUCCCGACGCUUGUUGAUUGGGCGGAUGACCGCCUUCACAAAGUCUUCCUGUCUGUCUUCGGCGCUCACUUGUGUGUAUAUACUGUGAUUUUUUUUUUUUUUUUUGACAAUCUUCAAAGGACUAUGCAAAGAUUCAGCGCAGGAAAAUGAGAAUAAAAAAAAAAAUAUUUUAUAUAUAUAUAUGUGUGUGACAAUAAAGAAACAAGACUUCAGCCGACACGCUUAAGUCUCGUUUCUUUCUUGUCACGGCGCAUACUGUAUGCACUACAUGAGUGACGGCACGAGCAUUUUAUUUUUGUUCGUUUUUUGUUUUUUUUUUUUGUUUUGCUUAACGCUGCCUGCAGGAAGAAGAAAAAGGAAAGGCCAAAGUGUCCAAGAAUUUGCUCCUCGUCAUCUGUGUUUUGAUAUGAAUAUUGUUGAUGAUAAACUCGGAUCCCGCCCCCAGUUUGAGAAGCGACCACCCCCUUUCAUGUUGCGACAGCAGGAAUGCAGUGGCGUUGUGUGUGUGUGUGUGUGUGGGGGGGGGGGGGGUCCCGACCACCCAACAGUAUUAGACAUUCCCAUGGAAAGAUUAGGUCAUGUGAUGUUGGUAGCUUUAUUGACUGUUAAGAGGUGCACGCGCUUACUGCCGUCCAAUCCAGGGGGCGCUUAUUCAUACCCACAUUGUGUGUGCGUGCGCAUGUGCGCGUGAUUUUUUUCUCCUCUUAAUGUAUUAUUUUUGUAUAAAGUGGAAAUCAAUCUUAAAUCAUUAUUUAUACGUGCUGAGGAAAUGUUGAUAUUUUGAGUAAACAUUUUUCAAAGUGAA